CAUAUUGACGUUCGUUCACUAAAUGGAGGUUGCAUCACUCCUGAAGGUAUUAGCUCAGAUUUCUCAUACGCUCUUCAUAAUGUUACAGAUGUUGUGUUAGCAUUUCCGAAGAAUGCAAUGCAAAGAACAGUUUUAGAAAAUCCAAUGCUUCGAGGUCUUCAGGUCACUAUAGAUUCCAGAAACUUCCCCGAUCAAGCGAUGACCACAGUGGGUGACAUAUUCUUUACACGUAUGCUUCAAGCUUCUGAUUUAGAUGGAGUGAAUGAAUGCACGGAAGAAUACGAGGACUCAUUAACUAGACCACUGAAUGAUGAUGAUGGCACACCAUUAGCUAGAACAUGGAAAGACCAAACUUCAUUCUUAUGCACUAUUCCAGUUCAACGUGAUGGAGCGGGUAUAUUCUUUGAUGGAUUAGAAACUUUCAACUCACAAGUUACAGUACAAGUGAAAGCUUAUCCAAUCAUUCAGGGUGUAAAUGACACUUACUGUUCAAAGGUGACAAAUCCUCCUCAGGUUUGGUUUACUAGGACUACGUAUUGGACAUGGACACCGGAUGAAGGUUUGAAAUAUCAUCCAACAGGUACACCACCACAGUAUAGAAGUUCAUAUGAUGAAAUAUUGAUGAAUAGAAAUGUAUAA